AUGAUGUUUGUUCACCAACCAGGAUCUGGAAUUAAAUCCAAGUUGAAUUAUACUUUCGGGUUCUUCCAUAUGAACAUUAAGCUACCAGCCAAUGACUCCGGAGGAGUCGCAACAGCCUUUUAUUUGAAAUCGGAAGAUAGUGAAUUGGAUUUUGAGUUCUUGGGCAACAAAAAAGGGAAGCCCAUCAGAGUCCAGACGAAUUCUAAAGGGUACAAGGAGGUAAAAAGCAUUGGUGCUUCUGUUGAUCAAUCUAUUGAUGUUGCUGGAAUCUACAAUGAGGCAGCUACUCUUAAUCAAGAAGACAUGGUUAUUGAUGAAAGUAACUCUGGUGAACCAUGGGUUCAAGGAUUUAUGGAAGGUGAGUAUUCUGAUCUGAAUGUUUAG